UAUUUACCCAAUGUUUUAUCAAUACAUAAAAUCUUCUGUAAUACCCUGUAUCAAAUCAUAAAUAUAUUUUUUAUCAAAGUUACCUUUGUUAACGAAAUCUUCAACAGGUGCGUUUGACAACACCGAACGAACAUAACCAAAAGAUAUUAACAAAAUCAAUUUAACAAGUAAUUCAAAUAUUAUUAAUUAUGAGUCAAUUUCAAUCGCCAAUGCCUAGCAGGGAAUUCCUGUGGGACGUUUUUAGCAGGGUGGAUAAAGACAGAAGUGGUUUUAUUAAUGCUGAAGAAUUGCAACAAGCAUUAUCAAACGGAACAUGGAGCCCCUUCAAUCCGGAAACAGUUCGCCUUAUGAUUGGUACGUUUUUACAUAGUUUGAAAGUAUCUUACAAUUUAAUUUUAUUUAUUGCAGGUAUGUUUGAUCGAAGAAACAUGGGGCAAGUCAGCUUUGAUGAUUUUGGAGCACUGUGGAAAUACGUGACGGACUGGCAGAAUUGUUUUAGAUCAUUUGAUAGAGAUAAUUCAGGAAACAUUGACAGGAAUGAGCUGAAAACAGCUUUGGUAACAUUUGGUUACAGGCUAUCAGACAAUUUGAUCAACAUUCUCAUCCGCAAAUUCGACAGACACGGGAACGGAACCAUUCUGUUUGAUGAUUUCAUUCAGUGCUGCAUUAUUUUAUAUACUUUAACUGCCUCCUUUAGACAACAUGACACUGACCAGGAUGGAGUGAUUACAAUUCACUAUGAGCAAUUUUUAACAAUGGUUUUCAGCUUGAAGAUUUAAAAAUGCUCACUACAUUAAUUAUCUCUUCUUUAUCUUGUACACUUUAAGUGCCACAUUAAACAGUUCCAGAUUUUGUAUCUAUACUGUAGUUCAACUCUAUUAAAAGGCGUAUUAUUAGUUUUAUGUUAAUGUUUAAAGAUAUUUUUAUAACUAUAUUUUGUGGUGAUGUUUUGUCACAAAAGAACUACAUUGUUUAAUUAAAGUUUUUAAUUAUAAGUCUGAA